GAUUCCUUGAUCGCUUCUAUGGGGGUCGUUUACGUAAUUCAUUUUCCCAAAAUCCAUAGGGUUUUGCCCUUCCACCUCCACCAAUGGCCGCUGCUGCCGCCGCCAUUCUCGAGCCGCUCGCUGUUCCUGGCCCUCGUCCCGUUCUUGGUGUGUCAUCCGCACCACGGGCUGCGGCGCCGCCAGUUUCCGCAUCUCUUGGCCACCGGAGAACGGGGCUGUUGCCGGAAUUUAAGGGUUUGAGGAUCGCUUGGCGCCCUCCUAGGGCUCCAUCCGCGGCCAGCUCGGCGACUGAGAAGGGUCUUCGUCGUCGAUCGGUUGUCUGUGAGGCGCAAGGGACCGCUAUAGAGGUUCCAGAAGUAACAAAAUCAACAUGGCAGUCACUUGUCAUUGAGUCUGAUAUUCCAGUGCUAGUGGAGUUUUGGGCUCCAUGGUGUGGACCCUGCCGUAUGAUUCAUCCAAUGAUUGGCAAAUUGUCGAAGGUAUAUGACGGAAGGCUCAAAUGCUUGAAUCUCAACACUGAUGAGGACCAGGAUAUUGCAACCAAGUAUGGAAUCAGAAGCAUUCCAACUAUCAUGAUUUUUAAGAAUGGGGAGAAGAAAGAUGCUGUUAUUGGGGCUGUGCCAGAGAGUACCCUAAUCACAAGCAUUGAGAAAUUCAUAGAGAAGUGAGUGGUUCUUUUGUUUUUCCUUCAGAAAUGUAAAGCUAUGCACUCAGUCCUUAUUUCUGGUAUAAACUCGAUGAGAAAAUUCGCUUUCAGUCCUUAUAAAUACUAGCCCCCAGCUCCAAGCCUGAAAAUUUCUAUA